ACAUCACCACCACCAACUUUUUCCAGCUCUCUCUCUCUCUCUCCAGCUUUUGUCGCUUCUCCAAUCCUAUUUUCUCAAUCAACAGCUAGACAUAUAAUAAUAAUAAGACCAAUCCAAUCCAAUCAUUUGUUUCGUAUCAUUUAUCCAGAAUCAGAGUCCAACGACAACAAUCAAUUAAAUUCGAGUCUCAGAAGGAGAAGACGAAGACGAAGACGAGGAGAAAAUGAGUAACAGAGAUGAGAGUGGGGAGGAUGGGCUGAAGAAGCCAUUGUUGCACACGGGAAGCUGGUACAGGAUGAGCUCGAGGCAGUCCAGCAUGCUCAGCUCCUCCGCCCAGAUCAUCCGCGACGGAUCUGUCUCCGUCCUCCUCUGCGUCCUCAUCGUCGCCUUAGGCCCCAUCCAAUUUGGCUUCACCUGUGGAUACUCUUCCCCUACCCAAUCCGAAAUUAUCAGCGAUCUCGGACUUUCCAUCUCAGAGUUCUCUGUAUUUGGUUCUUUAUCGAAUGUGGGUGCCAUGGUGGGUGCGAUAGCCAGUGGGCAGAUUUCCGAAUACGUUGGCCGGAAAGGGUCACUAAUGAUUGCCUCAAUUCCUAAUAUAAUCGGGUGGCUCACGAUUUCAUUUGCCAAAGAUUCCUCAUUUCUAUACAUGGGAAGGUUGUUGGAAGGAUUUGGAGUGGGCAUAAUUUCUUACGUGGUGCCUGUAUAUAUAGCCGAGAUAGCACCUCAAAACAAAAGAGGUAGCCUUGGAUCAGUGAACCAGCUUGCUGUUACAAUUGGAAUAAUGCUGUCAUAUUUGUUGGGACUUUUUCUUAGUUGGAGAGUCCUUGCUGUUGUAGGAGUUUUGCCUUGUACCAUUUUGAUACCUGGUCUGUUUUUCAUACCAGAGUCUCCUCGUUGGUUGGCUAAAAUGGGAUUGACAGAAGAUUUUGAGACCUCUUUGCAAGUCUUACGGGGAUUUGACACAGACAUUUCUACAGAAGUGAAUGAGAUCAAGAGAUCUGUGGCAUCACCAAGAAAAAGAGCUACCAUUCGAUUUUCUGAUCUUAAGCGGAAGCGUUAUUGGUAUCCUUUGAUGGUAGGAAUUGGAUUACUUGUCCUGCAGCAACUCAGCGGUAUCAAUGGUGUUCUGUUCUAUUCCAGUAACAUCUUUGCAUCUGCUGGAGUUUCAUCCAGCGAUGUUGCAACAUUUGGACUCGGAGCUCUUCAGGUAGUUGCCACUGGAGUGACUACAUGGCUGAUGGACAAAGCUGGUCGCAGGCUUCUUCUUACAGUAUCCUCAUCCAUAAUGACUGCUAGCCUCACCCUAGUCGCUAUUGCAUUUUUUUUAGAGGAAUUCGUAUCACAAACUUCUCGUCUUCAUAGUAUCUUGGGAACACUGUCACUAGUUGGAGUUGUGGCUUUUGCCUUUUCCUUCUCUUUGGGAGUUGGGGCCAUUCCUUGGAUUAUAAUGUCUGAGAUUCUUCCAGUAGAUAUUAAAGGGCUUGCUGGAAGUAUAGCAACAUUGUUGAAUUGGACGACAUCAUGGGUGGUUACAAUGACGGCAAACUUACUUUUGAUGUGGAGCAGUGGAGGGACCUUCGCCAUCUACGCGGUCGUGUCAGCUUUUACUGUGGUGUUUGUGACACUUUGGGUCCCAGAAACCAAAGGAAGAACUCUGGAGGAAAUUCAAUGGUCCUUCAGAUGAUGGCAUUGUUUGUUAUAAAAAAAUACGCCCAAUUCAGUCCCCAUUGGAUGAUGACAUUGUUUGUUCAAACACAUUUAUUUCAAUCCUGCUUCAAAUAAAUUAUCUUGUGUAUA